UAGAAACGAUUUGACCUCCUACCCCUUCGGGAUCUUACAGCCUAGAAUCAGGCCCAGUCACAUUUUAUCGCGGGGCGGGGGGUGGAAUUCGGGGAUAUCUCCGUGGAGAAGGUAGCAGAUGGGCGUGAUUUGAACUCUGUAGAGAUCGGGGGAAAUAAAAUGGCCAUUCCGAGUCAAGGAGGAAGGAGGCUUGUAUAUUUGUUCAACAGAGAGUAUUGGGAACUAAGCCAUUAAAGCUACGUGGGCCCCGUGUUGUGGAGGCAGAGGAGUUUUCACCUAAUUCAGAGACCUGUUGAGAGCCAGUCAUUGGAGGUGUUGGAGGAGGGAAAACUAAUGGCAUUGAAGCAGAGCCUUAUGAAGAAAAAUCGACCCCUGUGUAGCAGCAGUUUGGUGAAUGAAGCAUGACCAAAGUGGAGAUCCACUAAGAUGCCACUUCAAGAAUUAAAAUUAAUUUUGAAGACAGUUUAGGUGGGAGGUAAUUGCAGGGCUAACAGGGUAUUAGCAUGUAAAGUAGAUGAGAGGAUACCUGGAGAACAUAUUCCGGGAUAACAAGGCAUGAGGAUAUUGACAGGUUGACAGAAGAGAGUAACUUCUUCAUCCCCUGCUCAUUCUGGCCAGUUGGCCCCUUUCUAUCUCAGCUGGUCCCAGGAACCACAAAAAUGCUGUCCACCUAUUAUCCUGAAGUCAGUUAUAUCGUUCAGUCAAAUUUAAGGAAUCUCCAGAAUAGUCAUCUGGCAGGACACAGGUCUUGAAAAUGCCUCGGGGCCCGUGAGGUUCAGUGUUUUCCUUUCAAGAUGCCCCUCUCAGACUUUGUUCUGGCCCUGAAGGACAAUCCCUACUUUGGGGCUGGAUUUGGGCUGGUGGGUUUGGGCACUGCCCUGGCCCUGGCCCGGAAGGGCGCCCAACUGGGCUUGGUGGCAUUCCGGCGCCAUUACAUGAUCACACUGGAAGUCCCUGCUCGAGACCGGAGCUAUGCCUGGUUGCUUAGCUGGCUCACCCGCCACAGUACCCGAACUCAGCACCUCAGCGUCGAGACGUCGUACCUUCAGCACGAGAGUGGCCGCAUCUCCACUAAGUUUGAAUUUGUCCCCAGCCCUGGAAACCACUUUAUCUGGUAUCAGGGGAAAUGGAUCCGGGUGGAACGGAGCCGAGAGAUGCAGAUGAUAGACCUGCAAACGGGGACUCCUUGGGAAUCUGUCACCUUCACGGCUCUGGGCACUGACCGAAAAGUUUUCUUCAACAUCCUAGAGGAAGCUCGAGAACUAGCUCUGCAGCAGGAGGAAGGGAAGACAGUGAUGUAUACUGCUGUGGGCUCUGAAUGGCGCCCCUUUGGCUAUCCACGCCGGCGGCGGCCUCUGAAUUCUGUGGUUCUCGAACAGGGUCUAACUGACCGAAUUGUCAGAGACAUCCGGGAAUUCAUUGAUAACCCCAAGUGGUACACUGACAGAGGCAUUCCCUACAGACGUGGCUACCUACUCUAUGGGCCCCCUGGUUGUGGAAAGAGCAGUUUUAUCACAGCCUUGGCUGGGGAACUGCAGCAUAGCAUCUGCCUGCUGAGUCUCACAGACUCCAGUCUCUCAGAUGACCGGCUCAACCACCUGCUGAGCGUGGCCCCACAGCAGAGCCUGGUGCUCUUGGAGGACGUGGAUGCUGCCUUUCUCAGUCGAGACCUGGCCGCCGAGAACCCAAUAAAGUACCAAGGUCUAGGCCGGCUCACCUUCAGUGGGCUGCUCAACGCCCUGGACGGUGUGGCUUCCACCGAAGCACGCAUAGUAUUCAUGACCACCAACCAUGUCGACAGGCUCGACCCUGCCCUGAUACGCCCCGGGCGAGUAGACAUGAAGGAGUACGUGGGCCACUGCUCACGCUGGCAGCUGACCCAGAUGUUCCAGAGGUUCUACCCCAGGCAAGCAACUUCCCUCGCUGAGACCUUUGCAGACCGUGUCCUUCAAGCUACAACGCAGAUCAGUCCUGCCCAGGUGCAGGGCCACUUCAUGCUGUAUAAAAAUGACCCUGUAGGGGCCAUUCAGAAUGCAGAAUCUCUGCGGAGCUGACAACCAGGCUGUGCCUAGCUUUCUUCUCCUCCAGGAGAUUAAUAAACACCUGCCAAGCUA